UGUAGCUGGCGGCAUCUUCUCGCUUUGCUCUCACUCUUUGCAAUUGCCCUUUCCCCUCACCACCCAUCAUCGCUUGGCCGCCUGAUUGCGACACCUCUCACAAGCUACCUCUCUCUCUCUCCAUCCACUUUUACCUUGCAACCCUCCACCCCCCGAACACUCUCAUCAAAAUGCGCGUGUCCGCCACUACCAUUCUCGCACUCCCGCUGCUUGCGACAGCAGCAGAGUCACCCUUUGAGCAGUACAAGGCGCAGUUCCAGAACUUCUUGAGCUCCUUUGGCGCGUCCGCUCCUAGCGCGGAUACACCUGCCGCUGCUGCACCCAACGGCGCCGCGCCCGCUGCGACGCCCGCCAAGAAGAUCUCCGUCCUGACCAUCGAGAACUGGAAGGAUGUUCUCCACGAGCCUGUCAAGGCUGAGGCCACAACCCCUGAGGAGUGGUGGGUCCUGAUCACUGGUGGCAACAAGACUUGCUUCGGCCAGUGCGAUAAGAUCGAGACCGCCUUCAACGAGAGUGCGACAAAGUUCGCCAAGCUUCCCGAAUCUCCCCAUCUGGGUCUUCUGAACUGCGACGACCAGCCCGUCCUCUGCAACGGCAUAUCCGCAGGCGCCGCGUCCAUCUGGUCUGUCGGCAUGUUGCCUGCUGGAUCCGAGAUCGACAUCUACAGGAAGCGCCUCAACGUAACAACCACCACCUCGGACGACAUUAUUGAUCUGUGGAAGAACAAGUCCAAGGAGGACUGGAUUCUGACGGAGAACAUCUUCCACCCCUUUAACAGCUUCGUUGGCAAGAACAACCUGACCCUCCCCGUUGGCUACUUGUUCUGGGCCUUUAACCUUAUCCCCAACUGGCUUUUCAUGCUCCUCGUCUCCUUUGGCAGCCGUACUAUCAUGAACCGCCGCAUGAACAACACCAUCGACCGCCGCCAAAACGCGGCUGCUGGCGCUGCCCCCGCAGGCAGUGCUGCGCGGUAAAGUGAGCGAACUGACCGGUGGAGGAGAAGCUACAAGGCACGAGGCUACGGUUUUUGGCGUACCGGGAAAUCUACGCAAAUCAGGGAAGCGGCUGAGGCCCCAGGUCAUUUGGAUCAUGCAAUGCCAAAUUAGUAAUCUUUAGUUGAUCAACUUUUUCCGUCGCACGCCUCUUGUACGCUUUUGAGACCUUGAAUAACGUCUUCCUUGAGUUUGGGGUUGGAAAGACGCCCGUAGCGCAGAUCGCUCAUGGUGCCGACUGUCUGUUUG